AUGAUAGGUAUAAGAAAUGCAGUAGAUAAGUUGGGAUAUAACAAAGUAAAAGAAAAAAGAAUAGAAGCAAAAAAUGAUGAUGUUGAUGAUGGAGUUAUGAAGUAUAUAGAAAAUGAUCAUAGGAAUAGUAAAGAAAAACGAAACAAAAACAAAGGUGAAAAGAGAUCUUGUCCAAAGACGGAAGCUACUCUCUGUAACCAAGCAUUGAAAUUAAGUUCCUUAAGCCUCGCAAGCGAUGACCCCCAAAUGGAUCUUUCUCCAAGGAACGACAGACAAGUGACACUUGGAGGAUAA